CCACCCACCCCCCCUCCUUCUCUUCCCGUGCAGCAGAAGACUGUCUUCCUUCUCCAUACCAAUCAACAAACCAAAACAACAUGGCUCUUACUCAGGAGCAAACGGACAUCAUCAAGGCCACCGUGCCCGUCAUCAAGGAACACGGCAACGCCGUCACAGCCAUCUUCUACAAGAACCUGCUAACCGCCCACCCCGAGCUCAACGCCAUCUUCAACACCCCCAACCAGGUCAACGGCCACCAGCCCCGCGCCCUCGCCGGCGCCGUCUUCGCCUACGCCGCCAACAUUGACAACCUCGCCGCUCUCGGGGGCGCCGUCGAGCUUAUCUGCCACAAGCAUGCCUCCCUCUACGUCCAGCCCGAGCACUACCCCAUCGUCGGCAAGUUUCUGCUCGGGGCCAUGGGUGAGGUGCUCGGCGAUGCCUUCACCCCCGCUAUCCAGGACGCAUGGGCUGCCGCCUACGGGCAGCUCGCCGAUAUCAUGAUCGGCCGCGAAGCCGCUCUCUACCAGGCGGCCGAGGGCUGGACCGACUUCCGCGAAUUCCGCAUCGCCAGGAAGAUCCCCGAGUCCUCGGAGAUCACCUCCUUCUACCUGGAGCCUGUCGACGGCAAGGCCCUCCCCCUGUUCCUCCCCGGCCAGUACAUCUCCGUGCAGAUCCUCGUGCCCGAGCUCGGCCACCCCCAGGUCCGCCAGUACUCCCUGAGCGACAAGCCCAGCUCGCAGUUCUACCGGAUCUCCGUGAAGAGGGAGGCCGGUCUGUCCGGUGAGGGCGACGCCAAGGCGCACCCCGGCUACGUAUCGAACCUCCUGCACGACACCAAGCAGGUAGGCGACACCGUCAAGGUCUCGCACCCCUUUGGCGACUUCUUCCUGUCCGACGCGGAGAGGCAGAGCUCCAGCCCCAUCGUCCUCUUGGCAGCCGGGGUGGGUCUGACCCCACUCACCUCCAUCCUGAACACCCUGCUCGAGACCCCGGCCGCCCAGACCCAGCGCCAGAUCUCCUUCGUGCACGGGGCGCGCACCUCCGCUGCCCGCGCCUUCCGGCCCCAGAUCCGCGAGCUGGCCAGCAACCUGCCCAACCUGCACGCCACUUUCUUCACCUCCCACCCGGCACCUGAGGACAAGCAGGGCGAGGACUACGACUUCGCCGGCCGCCUGGACCUGAGCAAGCUGGACCCCAAGUCCGACCUGUUCCUUGACGAUGCCUCCGCGCAGUACUACGUCUGCGGGCCCACGCCGUUCAUGCUGGAUGUGAAGGCCAAGCUGACCGCGGAAGGUGUGAGUGCCGAUCGCAUCAAGAUGGAGCUGUUCGGCACCGGCGGUGUUCCUGUUUAAGCGUUUGUCGCAUUGCCUGCCCCAUCUGCUCUUGAUUUCAUGCUGCGCGAUUGUCUUUGAAUUCUUGCAUGCAUGCAUACCCUACAUACCCAUCAGCUGCUAGACGGUCCUCAUUACGGGUUACGACGUCCAAGUGACUUGAUUCGAUCAUAGAUCAUAUCAUGUAUAUAGUUUUUCUUCUUCUCCUUCUUCUUCAAUCAAUAAUACCCCCCCCCCCUCUCUCCCCACUUCUUCCAAUUAUCUUGUAGGUUGUUGGAAAUUCAAAACAAUGCAAGAUGGAUUUAAGCUUAUGGCUGCCGCCGACGCACAGACCGCUCCCUUGCAUGCGUCAUGCACCUCUGCAGUCUGCACCAACAAUGGCCACCUAGUGAACUGUCAG